UUGAUGUUUGACAGUAGCUAGCUAGCAUAGCUGUGUAGGUCGUCCAUGGUCACGUUAGAUUUCUAUGUAAAAAGCUUUAGUAAACAUUUUCUGAUGCGACGUAUACGUAAUUCACCUGACAGUGAAUCGACGAGGAGAAUAAUAUAUCAUUAUUAAAAAAUUGAAGGUCAUGACUCGUGUUAUCUAGAAAAACAUCAUAGCUUACUUAACUGGCUCGCAGGCAGCCAUCUAAAUGAAUUGAGUUGACCCCCCAAGGAGAAAAAUAUGCAUUUGGCAGAUUUCGUUGCUGGUUCCGUUGGAGGAGCCUUUGGAGUGGCUGUGGGGUAUCCUUUGGACACAGUGAAGGUGAGAAUACAGACGCAAAGGAGAUUCACUGGAGUUUGGCAAUGCAUUCAUACUACAUGGAAGACAGAGGGGGUGAAUGGAUUCUACAGGGGCAUGUCCAUGCCAGUCACCACUGUCUCCAUCAGCUCCUCUGUAGUGUUUGGCGUCUACAGGAAUGUCCUGCAGUGUUUACAACAACUACGAUCCACCUCCACAGGUCUGGAUUUUCUGCCAGCCAAAGUGGACUUCUUCUUGUCCGGGUUGUCAGGAGGUGUUGCACAGGUAUCUGUGAUGGCACCAGCUGACAUAGUAAAAGUACGGAUGCAGUGCCAGAUGGUACACCAAGGCUUGGACGCUCAGCAACCCAAGUAUCGUGGCCCAAUGCACUGUCUGCUGACCAUCGCUCGUGAAGAGGGCUUCCUCGGACUGUACAAGGGAGCUGGUGCCCUCGCCCUGCGAGACGGCCCCUCUUUUGCCACCUACUUCACUAUUUACCACGUUAUCUGUGAGCAGCUGUCCCCACCUGGGAAGACCCAGCCAGAGUGGAAGGUGGUUCUGCUUGCUGGUGGACUGUCAGGGAUGUGUGGCUGGUGCAUAGGGACACCUAUGGAUGUGAUCAAAUCCCGUUUGCAGGUGGACGGUAUGGGCAAGAGGAGAUACAAGGGUUUCUUCCACUGCAUCGCGCAGAGCAUACGCACUGAGGGGCCGGGUGUUCUCUUCAAAGGCCUGGGCCUCAAUUGCAUACGGGCCUUUCCAGUCAACAUGUCCGUGUUCGCCAUGUACGAGGUGGUUGUGCGCCUCCUCCGACCGAAAACUUGAAUUUAAAGGCUUGGGUCGUUCAUUAGACACCCCAUGGACUGAAAUAGGGAGGAACUACUGGUCCGAGAACAAAUUUGAAUGUUCCGUUGCAAAACGUUUUUGACACGACGUGCACUAAUGAAUACAACCUUGGCUUUGAAGACUUGGGUGAUGGGAUUCUAUUUUGAUGUUUCUCAAUGCAGUUUUCCAUGACUAGAAUAACGCACAAUCCAUUGUGUUCAUGUUGUAUCACCGUUCACCAUUGCCUCAGUUGCUGCUAUGUGAUUUUUCUAUAGUGCCAUACUGCACUAUAAGGGAAACUACAAUUCCUCAGUAAGAUUUGAUAUAUUCCUGCAUAGUAUUUCAAGUGAAAAUGCGAAUUGAAAAAUGAAUACUGAGCUAAAACAGUUUUAUUGUAGUUCUCAGAUCGUUUAGCAAUAGGGCCUAAUAGUUGUCACCCCUUUUCAGGAAUAGCAGUACAGUAACUUACUUCAUUUGCACAUUUAAUUUUUUAUUUAUUUGAAGGGAGACUUACCUACUGUCUACACAACAUUCCCUCACUGACCUUAACUUAACAGGGUUGGAUUUUACACCGCAGGAUCACUUGAUUUUAAUGGCUAGAACUGAAGCUGACGGUUAUUAAGGAAAGUUACUUAGCGAUCUUGUUGAUCCUGCCCUAAGAAUUAUCCCACUGUUCAUAUCACUCCUGUCGCAGCUCGGAAACAAGUGUCUUUGAAAUAGGGCCACCAGCCAGCAAACUGCAGUAUACUGGGGGGUGGGGAUGAGGGGGGAAUCAUCAGUAUUUAGGAAUUGAUUAACUUCUGCCACAGGCUUUCACCUCACCUUCGUUAUGAAAGUGAGCGAAGCCUGGGAGCCGAGGCUAGGACUUUAUCAACGUCGCUUUGAAAAUGUAAUUGAAAAACUUUGCUUUGUUACUGGAUCCAAGCAGUAUCAAUUCUGAUAUGUUCUUGACUUGGACGGUAUUUUCAAUAGUACUGUCUAAACUCCCAGUUCUCAAAAUACUGCGAGUCAUUUUCUGUAUACCACAUGUACUGAUGAUACUGUACUUGUGAUUUGGUGUUUGAGAAAAACGAACUUCAAGGAAUGCAUCUGAUUUU